GCCGCCACUAACCUUACCCAUUGAUAGUGUCCACUACCAGAAUCUCACAUAUCCCGCCGUUAGUUUUAACGCCGCAAUCUCUUUUGUCACUUUAAGGAAAGCAAAGAUCUUUAUAGCGAGGAAGAGUUGUUUUUGUUGCUGCUUUUGUUAGGGUUUGUUUAUAGCUAGGGUUUGUUUUAAUGGACGAGAGUUUACUUGACGACAUAAUACGGCGGUUAGUGGAAGCGAAGAAUGGGAGGACGACGAAACAAGUUCAUUUGACUGAGGCGGAAAUCAGGCAGCUUUGUUUGGCUUCUAAGGAGGUUUUUCUUAGUCAGCCAAAUCUUCUCGAGCUUGAAGCACCUAUUAAGAUCUGUGGUGAUGUUCAUGGUCAGUUCUCGGAUCUUCUACGAUUGUUUGAGUAUGGUGGUUACCCACCUGAGGCAAAUUAUUUAUUCCUGGGGGACUAUGUUGAUCGUGGCAAACAGAGCAUAGAGACGAUAUGCCUCCUCCUUGCGUACAAGAUCAAAUACAAGGAGAACUUCUUCCUUCUGAGGGGCAACCAUGAAUGUGCUUCCAUCAACCGUAUAUAUGGGUUUUAUGAUGAGUGCAAGAGGAGGUUUAAUGUUCGUGUCUGGAAGACAUUCACUGACUGCUUUAAUUGUCUGCCUGUGGCUGCUCUUAUAGACGAAAAGAUCCUUUGCAUGCAUGGUGGAUUGUCUCCUGAGUUGAAGAACUUGGAUCAGAUCAGGAAUCUUGCUCGCCCUAUUGAUGUGCCAGAUCGUGGUCUUUUAUGUGAUCUAUUGUGGGCUGACCCGGAUAAAGAUAUGGAAGGCUGGGGAGAGAAUGACAGGGGUGUGUCAUACACAUUUGGGGCUGACAAGGUUGUUGAAUUUCUUCGGAAACAGGACCUUGAUCUUGUUUGCCGAGCUCAUCAGGUUGUUGAAGAUGGUUAUGAGUUUUUUGCAAAGCGACAGCUGGUCACAAUAUUCUCUGCACCAAAUUACUGUGGUGAGUUCGACAAUGCUGGUGCCAUGAUGAGUGUUGAUGAUACUUUGACUUGUUCCUUUCAAAUCCUUAGAGCCUCUGAGAAGAAAGGCAAAGCCGGAUUUGGCAACAACAUUUUGAGACCAGGAACUCCACCUCACAAGGGGAAGAGUUGAUUGAUUGCACAGCAUUAAAAAUCUGAAGUGGAAUGUAGCAAAUGGUGUUGGUUUGCUCUGUCUUGUGCAAGUCAUUCUGGCCAGAAUCACCUUCUUUAUGGUUAGGCAUAAUCACUGUAACUUUUGAGUCCACUUAUGGCACAAAAGAUAAAAUGUGAAGGCAUAAGUUCCUGCACCUUCUGAAAGAAACCCUAGGCGCCUGUGCAAGAUGAACGUGGAGACAUUAUGCUAUUGAACCUUGUUAAAGGAGUUGAUGCAGCUGUUCUCCUUGAAAUAAAGUUAUGUUUUAAUUGAUGUAAAAUGGGACCUUCGUGACAAUACUUCCUUUUCAGUUGCUUUCAAUUAGGGCAAAACACUUUAAUU